AUGAUGAAUAACAAUGGCAAACAACCCUUCAAAAGACAACUUACAUCUUCAAGCUACUAUGGUGAAAAUGUUUCAAAUGAAGAGGAUAAUAAUCAAUUUAUUUUUGUUGGUAAAUAUAACAAACGUAAACAAAGACGUACUGGUGAAAUCAACGAAGAUGAAAACAAUGAAGAAGAUUUAUUGAUUAUAGACCAAAAUUCUGCUACAACAUUAAAUGUUAAUGUAAAUAACGGACGUACGUUUCUAAACAGCAAUAACAAAACAAGCAACAAUAUAAACAGAAACGAAAAUACAUACACUCGUCAAAUGAACCAUACAUGUAAUCGUAAUGCACAGGAAGAUCAAAAUAAAAAUAAAAACAAAUAUGAUGACACGUCAAGUGAUGCAAACAAAAAUAAAAAUAAUGGAAAAAUGACAGAGAUGCAGCAUAUUAAUUUAUCUGAAAAAUUAAACAAAAAUGCUAAAAAUAAAACAGUAGAAAAUUAUAAUUCGGACAUAUCAAUUUCACAACAUGCACUUGCUUAUGCUAUUGAAAAUCAUCUUCCACCAAUAAAAAUCAGUUGUCAACCGAAAAUAACUCAAAACCAAAAAGGAAAUGAAAUAAUAAAAGGACUUAUUGCCUUCAUUGAAAAAAAUUUUCGUCAACUAAAUAAAAACUUUCAUCAUCCAGUAGGUUUUGAAUAUUGGUAUGUUAAUAAAAAUGGUGAUCUAGUCUGUUACACAAAACAUAACGAACUAUUUGUUUAUUUAUGUGAACCUCAAAAUUAUCCAACUCUACUUAGUAAUACAAAUAUAACACCUUCAAGACCACGACAUUUACCAUCUCAACAUUCAAUCGUACUUAAAUUUGUUCCAAACUAUAUUACAAAAGAUGAAAUUGAGAUCGAAAUAAAAACAUCCAUCAAAACAGUUUACAAUAUUGAGGAAAUGAAAGGAUCCAUGACCGAGAAAUCUCGGCAUGUGAGAAUUGAGCUUACCUCUCUUGAUGAAUACAACUCAAUUCUUAAUAAUGGAGGAAUUACAUUAAAUGAACAUUUAAUUGAAGCAUAUGAAUUUCUUUCUCCACCACGGCUGUUAAUCUGCUCAAAAUGCAAUGAUCCUGGACAUAUUCGACGCAAUCGUAAUUUUCAAUAUGAUGCAUGUCGUCAAUGUGGUAAAGAUCGUGCAAUAGGUGAACACAGAGAAUGUAUUAUUUGUUGUCAUCGUUGCAAUCAAAAUCAUUUAUCUACAGAUUAUAAAUGUCCCUUUCUUGUUGAAUAUCGUCGAUCACUAUUAUACAAGCUUAAAGAUCAGCCUAAUUUAUUACCACCAAACAUGCAUAUUUUCAUUCCUAGUGAAUGCAGAGAACGUGGUAUUAAAAACAAUCAAAUUUUAAGUAAUCCCUCUAUCAACUUAAAUAAUUCCACAAUCAAUAAAAAUGCAUCACAAUUUAACUUAUCUUCUCAUGCCUGGCCAACAUUAGGUAGAGUAACAGAUGGAAGUAUUAAUCCACAUUUAAAUGAUCACACCGUAUGGAACGAACUAAAAUUGAAACAAAAUGAAAUUAAUAGGUUAAAUGAAGAAUUUAACAUAAAAAUGCAACAUUUACAAGCUAAAAAUGAUGAUCACAUGAAGAAGAUGAGCACAAUUUUACUGAUUAUAUCACAACAAGUCAAAGUACAAAAUGAAGGUAUUGAAAGAUGUUACACUACAAUCAAUGAAGUAUUACCAAUAUUAUCAUCAAUCCUUGAAGUAGUUCAAUGGUUAAUUACAAAACCUGGUAUGUUAAAUAUGAAUGAAAAUAACAAUGCUGAAAAUCAAAGUAUUCUGAAUCACAUCUCUCAAUCACUUGAAUUCAUCAAAGACAGGAAUGAUUUUCUCACCACAAAUCAACGUCUACUGAACUCUCUUGUUGAACAACAGAAUGGUUUGAUGAUUCAAGGAAUCAAUAGCUUAAUUGAAAAUAAUGAACAUUAA